AUACCCAAAUCUUAAGUUACUACAGAAGGUUGAAUAAACUUGAAUUGUAAAAUACAGAAUACUACUCAGCAAUGAAAGGGACAGACCGCUGAUACAUACAACAGCUGGGAUGGACUUCAGGACAUGGUACUUAGUGAAAAACACUAAUCUCGGAGGUUACAUGUUAUAUGAUUUCAUUUAUUGUUCUCUAAAGGAAUCAACUGAAGAGGUGGAGAACAGUAAAGGAAGAAGAUCCUGUGACUAUCUAUAUCUGCUCCGUUGUGACAUCAUAAAAGCCAGUUCUUACAGGGAAGUGGAGGUGAAACUCACGAAGAAUCAGCACUGAGUUAUCUCAAUGGAAGGAGAAUUUCUGAAGAGAAGAAUACUGGUUAGAAAUGAGUCCUUAGUGACUGAAUUUCUUCUUGCUGGCCUAACAGACCGUCCAGAGCUCCAGCAACCCCUCUUCUUCCUGUUUCUGGUGAUCUACAUUGUCACCAUGGUGGGCAACGUUGGCUUGGUCACUCUUAUUAGUCUAAAUUCUCACCUCCAUACCCCCAUGUACUACUUCCUCUUCAACCUAUCCUUCAUUGAUGUCUGUUACUCUUCUGCUUUCACCCCCAAGAUGCUGAUGAACUUUGUAUCAAGGGAGAAUAUCAUCUCCUAUGUUGGCUGCAUGACUCAGCUGUUUUUCUUUCUCUUUUUUGUCAUCUCGGAAUGCUAUAUGUUGACCUCAAUGGCCUACGAUCGCUACGUGGCCAUCUGUAAUCCGUUGCUGUAUAAGGUAACCAUGUCCCAUCAGGUCUGUGCCUUGCUGACUGUUGCUGCAUAUAUGAUGGGGUUUGCUGGAGCCUCUGCCCACACAGGGUGCAUGCUCAGACUAACCUUCUGCAGUGUUAAUGUCAUCAACCAUUACCUGUGUGAUAUUCUUCCUCUCCUCCAACUGUCUUGCAGCAGCACCUAUGUCAACGAGGUAGUAGUUCUGAUAGUCGUGGGAAUUAAUAUCACAGUACCCAGUUUUACCAUCCUAAUUUCUUACGUCUUUAUCCUCACUAGCAUUCUUCAUAUCAAAUCUGCUCAAGGACGAUCAAAAGCCUUCAGUACCUGUAGUUCUCACAUCAUUGCUAUUUCUCUUUUCUUUGGCUCAGCAGCAUUCAUGUAUCUUAAAUAUUCUUCUCCGGGGUCUAUGGACGUGGGAAAAAUUUCUUCAGUUUUCUACACUAAUGUGGUGCCCAUGCUUAAUCCCUUAAUCUACAGUUUGAGAAACAAGGAUAUCAAAGUUACAUUGUGGAAAGCAUUGUUUAAAAUCCAAAGGAGAAACAUGUUCUGA